GUAAAGCCUCGUCGGGCAAAUCUGGGGACUUAAGAAACCACUCGGCGUACUUCACGAUGAACAUCAACGAGAAGUCGAUUGCCGCCAUGCACCCGCGACACGAUGACGAAGAGUACAUGGUGUUCAAGGCCGCCAAGUCUCGCCGGAUCGAGAACACGUUCUCGCACAUACCCGUGAAGGAGCGGAAGAAGAUGGCCGUCUUGAAAACGGAGGACGACGUGCACUCGGAUGACUUGCCUGGCGGCUCGUCGUACCAGUCGAUCGUGUCGGACCUCAGGCCGGAGGAGAACUACACGCUGGAGACAGAAGCACGCCGGAAGCGCACGAAGUACCUCCGGGAGCAGGGCUACGACACGCCGGACUCCGGAGUUCUCGCCUUCGACGACGACCACACCUACGACCCGUCGGACUACGAGCCUGCCACGGGCGCCCCGAAGGACCUGUACUCGUACAGUCCACCCGACAGGCCUCCUCCCCGGGUCCGGUCCACGCCGGGCGCCAAGCCACUGGUCGGACACGGCACUGUUCUGGAUCCACCCGGUGAAGGCGGUCCACGAUCGCGGGCCCCGCCGAAGCCUCGACCCCAAGUUCGACCCGAAUGGGCUGCCUAUGUGGCAAACACGGCAGCACGCGCAGCUGAGGCAGCACCACCCGCUACCACCCGACAGCCGCAGGCCCCACCUCUCAAAACCUCGAAGAUCCCACCCGCUGCACCCGCCGUUUCCAGACCCGCCGCCCCUGCACCCGCUGCACCGCCUAUCCAACCAAUCUCGAAGGCCAAAACGAAGGCGGCCAAGCAAGAGCAGCUGCACUCGGGCUUGCCGACUCCGACUCACUCGCAGGCCACGACGGCCGUGAAGUUCUCCUCGGCGGCCUCGUCAUCCUCGCAGGACCCCCCCCGCGGGCCGACCGAGAGGGAACUCCUCAUGAAGCAACUCGAGAUCGAGAUGGAGCGCAAGAAACUCGAGGCGGACUACUUGGCCAUGCAGCUCUCGCAGGUCCAAGAGCACGACGCAGGACUGCAAGGGGAAGGCAUUAAUUAA